AUGGGAAGCGAAUCAACGAGCCACUUGUCUCUCAGAAAGAAACUCAAAUCAACGCUUUGCAUCGCCGGCUGUUUCCGUACGACAAAUCAUCCCCACGACAUCUCCGACCGGCCAUCAUCUCCGACGACUCCCACCGAGACAUCUACACAAAGCCCACGUGGCGUAACCAAGACCAAAUCUCCCAGAAUCACCCGGACGUUGUCCAAGUCGCAUGAAAAGUGCAAGAAUCUGAUCCAUCGGAUCGGCGGCGGAGGAGGAGUCGGUGGUGGCGUUUCCGGCCACCACGGGAAGCACGUCCGACGUCACACGACGGAUUUUCAUUACGAUCCGUCGAGCUAUGCGCUUAACUUUGACAGGGGAGACGAAGACGACAAUGUCAACCGCUUCCCGAUCCGUAACUUCUCCGCUAGGCUUCCUCGUUCGCCGCCUUCCUCGGCUACGGGAACGGAAUCGUCGUUCACGAUUCACAACCUUUUGCGGUGA